AUGGGAGAUGGCCGCGGGGGUGCGCGGCCGGCGGCCACGGCCGGCCGUAGCAGGCGCGGCGGGGUGAGGGGACAGGGCGGGCCGGCAGCGGUGGGGGGCAGGGCCAGCGAGCGGAGGCCGGAGGAGGCGCGGGCGGUUGAGUGCGCGGCUGCGGGGCGGCGGCGUGCGGCUUGGCGCGGCAACGACGGCGAGCGCGGGCUGCGGCAAGCCAUGCGGGAGGAGCAGGAGGUAGCGGCAGCAGGCAGCGCAAAGGCAGCAGCUGCAUCGGCCGGACGAGGGCGCAGCGGGCGCGAGCGCAUCUGCAACGAGCAGAGCAGCAGUGGCAGCGACGAGAGCCUGCAUGCGCGGCGACGGCAGAGCCACAACGGAGUAGCAGUAGUCACAGGGGGGCUAGGCCUCGCGUGGGGGAAGGCUGGGCGGCACGCGUCAGUGGCCGGAGUGGCCAGUGGAUCCGGGCGCGGGCGUGCGUGGCGAGCGGGAGGGCACGGCAACGCGCGCGGGGAGGCCGGUGAGCGCGGCGGGGUCCGUUCGAUGCGGUGGUCGCGGGCAUCAGCGAGCGGCAAAGAGGGGAGGAGGAGGCCAAGGGCCUCACCGUACGGUGUAGGGACUAGGCAGUGGGUGUCGAGGAGGAAGACGGGGACGAGGUCGGCGACGGAUACAGGGAGGCGAUCCGAGGCGGUGAGGAUGAGGUGGCGCCGGGCGUCGGGGAUCGGCUCGGGUACCGAUCCAGAUCGGGACGAGGGGGAUUCGGCGGAGGGGGCUCUGCGCGGCGACGGGGCGCCGGCGAGGGGCGCAGUUUUAUAA